UGAAGUUGAAGUUGCAAGGGGGGGCGAACUCCAGCCGCCGUCAUUGCAUGAUCCUAGCUGAACACCAGCAUGGAGACGCGCUUUCCACCUGCCUUGUAGCCCCGAUCUGGACGCCAAUUUUGGCGAGAAGGAAAGAGCAUCGCCACCAGCAUUUGGGGUUUUAUGUCCUGCACUGUCUCCUUUAUGCAUCUAGGUUUUGAGGAGCUCUGCUAUGGCAGAGGGUGACCCAGAUGCUGGCACCCAAGAUGCUGAUGCAAGCGUCCAGUCUGAGGACCUCGAGAGAGAGUUGUCAAGCGAAGAGGGGUGCAUGGUCGCGCCGGACGACCUCUCAGUCCCUAUGCCCUCUUCAUAUGUGCCCCUUGCUGCAGCAUUCCAGCCCUUAGAUCAGCACAGCUUAGGAGCGGAGGCCAUGAAGCCUGCACAGAAGCGACAGAAGGAUAUUUCGCUGGUAGCCAAGCUCACAGUGUACAUCAAGGAGACGUUCAGCACGUGCAACCCCACGUUUGCCUACUCGGACAGCUUCAACCCGAAGCGCAUCCUCACACGCCCCUCGGUUGGCGUCUCCAAUGAUGGGUUUGACAACUCCAAUUCAGAUCUCAUCCUGGGGGUCAACACUGUGCUCAUCAAUCUGGAGGCCAACAGCUGCCGCUACAUCGUUAAGGACAUGUUGGGUCAGGGCACGUUUGGCCAGGUUGCCAAGUGCUGGAAGGAGGACACAGAGGAGUAUGUCGCCGUCAAGGUCAUCAAGAACCAGCCGGCCUACUACCACCAGGCGUUUGUCGAGAUUAGCGUCCUCAAGAUGCUGAACCAGCAGUACGACCCUGACGAUGGGCACCACAUUGUGCGGCUGCUGGACCACUUUGUGCACCAGAAGCACCUCUGCCUCGUCUUUGAGCUCCUCACGUACAACCUGUUCGAGCUGAUCAAGCAGAACCAGUUCCGGGGCCUGUCGAUGAAUCUGGUGCGCCUGUUCUGUAAGCAGAUUCUGGACUCGCUGACCAUCCUGCGGGAUGGCAGCGUCAUCCACUGCGACCUCAAGCCUGAGAACAUCCUGCUCAAGAGCCUGCAGUCGGGCGAGAUCAAGCUGAUUGACUUCGGCUCGGCGUGCAUGGAGAAUCGCACCGUGUACAGCUACAUCCAGAGCCGCUUCUACCGGUCGCCCGAGGUCCUGCUCGGGCACCAGUACACGUGCGCUAUCGACAUGUGGUCCCUCGGUUGCGUCGCCGCGGAGCUGUUCCUGGGCCUGCCACUCUUCCCGGGCGCGUCCGAGUACAACCUGUUGUACCGCAUGAUUAAAACGCUUGGCGCUCAGCCCCCCGACCACCUGCUGCGCACCGCCAAGCAGACGCACAAGUUCUUCAAGCGCACCGGCGCCGCCGCCGCGGACGAGGGCUACGAGGGCGGCCCGUCGCAGUACGUGCUGCUGAGCGAGGAAGAAGUCGAGGCACGAGACGGACAGAAGCCGGCGGCGGGGAAGCGCUACUUCAAGCACACGACGCUGGAUGACAUCAUCAUCCACUACUCCAUCAUGCGGGGCACGACCGACGAGGAGCGCAAGAAGGAGACGCUGACGAGGAUCGUGUUUGUGGACUUUCUGCGGGGGCUCAUGGAGUUUGACCCCGUCAAGCGCUGGACGCCGCAGCAGGCGUGCUUGCACCCCUUCAUCACGGAGGAGCCGUUCGAGGGCUCCUUCCGGCCCCCUCCGGAGACCCCCCGCACGCCGCUAUCGCAGGGGAUCCAGGUGCCGCACCACCCCUCCAAAGGCCACUGGUCCGCAGCAGGCCUUUCCCCGCAGGUCAACAACCUGGUUCCUGGGCAGUACCCUAUGAGCCCCCAGUAUGGCAGCAGCCUGGGGGGCGGCCAGCACUUCGGCGUGCCUAACAGCUACAGCAGCUACGGGACGAGCUACGGGAGCAAUCUGGGCGACGGCCAGGCGCUCGGCAGCAGCUACGGCAGCUAUGGGGAGGGGGGCCUCGGGGCCGCUGCCAUGGCGCAGCCGAGCAACCUCGGAAUGUCGCCUGAGAGGCGCUUCAUGCAUAUACCCCAGGCCCCCGGCGCCUCCCCCCGUACGCACCUGCCCUUGAGCCCCUCCGGCCCCUACAUGCGGCCAAUGUCCCUGGGAAUGAGCCCGGGGCAAUUCACACCGCCCACCAUUCAAUACCUCCCCUCGAGCCCCUCCCAGUACGGCCUCUCGCCACAAACCUCUCCAGUGGGGGCCAGGUAUGCUAGCAUGGACGGCUACGGCGCUGCCCCCCUGAACCGACCCAAGGGGGCAGGGGGGCAAGCUUACUCCCUGAACAAGCGACGGGCGCGCGGUUCGGGCUCGUACGAGCUCCCCCAGAGCGGGCUCCAGUGGCAGCGGCUGCAGAGCUCGGAGGCAGGAGGAUCCCCCUUGAGCGGGGGCGCGGGCCCUGUUCGACGACACAAUCGCACCGCGUCUUUGCCGAGCAGCGCCACCUACGAUGAAUAUGGGGCCUCCGGAUUGCGCGCGCAGGCGACCCCGGCGGCUGCUCCUCAGUGGGGCCUAUCCGGGACUGGAAGCGGGAUGUCGGGAGUGGAAACGGCCUCGGAGGGGGAGGAAAAUAUGUCCCCACCUCCAGACCCUGGGGACUGGGACCCCUUCUAUGCUGAGCAGCUUCUACUAGAAGAAGAAACAGCGCCGGUCGGGAACACCCCUACGUCAAGUAUGGGGAGCGGGGGGGCGAGGCUGGGGCCAGGACCUGGGGGUCCGGGACAAAACCUAGGGGGGAGUUUUGGGUACAAUGGGGGAGGGCUUCGGGCGGAUGCGCUGUUUCGGAAUCCUCAACACAACAUGGGAUCAUCGGCCCCGCUCGGGGCUUCCGCAAAUGAUGCCUGGUAUCAAGGGGGCGGGCAACAGAGUACGGUGUAUGGUGGCAGCACCCCGUACUACGGGGCGCGACAACCGGGCUUCACCCAAGGGUUCGAUACUCAACAGCAGAAGGGGUUUGGAUCAGGGUUCGGGGGUGCUAGCCCCCAGUUCUCCCCCCAGCAGCGGCGGCGGGGCACUACAUACCAGGACGCACUGUCACCUACGCAGCGCCCGCGCCUGGACUACGGCAGCAAGGAAAGCCAAGCUAGCUGGCACAAUGGCAACGCCCCACAGAUGCUUCGGGGGGGUGAGCAUUGGUUGGGGGCCGAGGGGGGGGGAGCGGAUGCGGCAGCCCUGCAGUUGCAGCAGCAGCAGGUUCUGCAGCAGGCCUUUUUGGCGCAGCAGCUCUCCCCGCAGCGGAAGCCCGCCGGGGGCGGGUGGCAGCAGGGAAACGGGUACCCCCCUGCCGACCUCGGCUCAUUCUCACUGGGCCCCUCAAAUCUGAGCGCGGGAGGGGGGGCGUUUGGCAGCAGCACGGUGUAUAGCCAAGGGGCCCCCUGCAAUCUAACGAGCACAGGUUCUUCGCUGGGGGGGAGGCUGGGAACCGGGGGGUCUUCUGGACCAAGUCGGGGGAGCUUUGGUCUGGGGGCCGCGCAGCUAGACAGCCCGGGGAAGCCUCCCCCGAGCCCCCAGAGGGCGGAUUCGGGGCUGAGGUCGGCAUACGAGAGCCCCGGAAGAACAAAUCUGGAGGCGUCGAAGCGGGGCGGUUUUGAGGGUGGGGGCUCAAGAGGGGGGGGAGUAUUUGGGAGUCCUAGUGGGCACGGCGGACUCGAUGCCCGGAUGAACAGUCUAGACAGCCCGGGACGGAGGAGAAUGUCAACCGAGAGCCUUGGUAGGGGAAUAUACGGAAGCCCAGGGCGGCCCCCUGACGAAGGGGGGGGCUUAGGGCUUGGCCUGCGCUCUGCCAUUGCAGAGCAGCAGAGCCUGGGGCUUGGGGUGGGGAGCGGGAGGGAAGGGUUGUCUUUUGGUGGGGCGUCUGGGCUUGGGUUGGGGGUGUCGACUCCGGAACCGUCUGGGGCGGAGAAUGGGGUGGCGGCUCAGUGGGCGGCGCAGGGCUACGGAAUGAGCGGGCUGUCGGAAGCGGCGUUCCAGCAGGCGAUGGCGGCUGGUGUGCCAGAUGGUGCGGCAUACGGCUCCAUCAACCGACUUCCUGAGAAGCGGGUUGGCUGAAGUUCCGGGGACCGUUAGAACUUCUUGCGGCUCGAUGCGCAGCCAGUGAUCAAGGAAUGAAGGGGCAAUGCAGCCGAGUCAAAUUCGGAGAGCAAGCCGCGGGAGUUGGAAGUGGAGGAGCAAGUAGAUGCAGUAGAUUUGCCGCUUUGCGCCAUUAGCGCCCACGCCUCCCAUCGCUACGCCCUCGACGCUACUCGACUUAGGCCCCUUUCGAAUCCUCUUCUUGAAGGGUCCCCAGUUCAGUAGCCGUGCAUGAGCCUGGCCGAUAUAGAGUGGCGCAAGGUAGUCUUGGAAAGAGAGGAGACGAUGGGCUAACAAGAGAGGGGCAUGUCAAAACCACGGAGCCAAACAGGAUUCUCGUUGCUGGUGCUAAUGCCCACUGCUUUUUUGAUGAGAGACCGAAAGGAGAGGUGGGAUUGCACGACUUGCUGCGGCCAGCUGCGGUUCGUUGUAAAAGGUUCUGUCUUGGCAGUGGGGAGAGGUGCGGCAGAGAGUGGUCUGACUGCGGGACAGCGGCAAGGUUCCGGGUUGCCUCGUCUGCUGUAUGGGUUCAAAGCAAAGACCCCUUUGAAAUGCAAGGCGGACCCCUUUGGUGGGUUGAGGACGGCAAGCGCUAAUGAGAAGAGGACCUCGUGUGAGGAAGGGAGGUACUGACCAUCUUGUUGAGGACGGCGGAAUAGCAGGAGCAGUUGGUGAACGAUGUUGCAGGAAGUGCUUCAUCUACACGCACCGAGAGCAGGUGCUCUUUCGUGAUUGUGGCGCCACAAGCAUCAUUGAGAGAAAAGAGAGAAAGAGCGGAGCCUGCUUGUAGCAUCAAAAGGUGGACUAUACACAUGCUGUAAGAGAUUCACAAUGUCAGUUUGUCAAAUUACUAUCUUCUCUGGAGAUAGAAGUGCCAGAAUCCCAAUUGUCAACCUCGGGCCAUGCACCCAUUGGUGGACAUUGGAUGCAUCAUGGUGUUAUGUGAGUG